AUGUCCUACGCCACGUUCACACCCAUAGAGGUCACCAAAGCGCACGUGUUGGGCUGUGCAUACUCCCAGUGGUACCCCAAGCUCAAAGCACACGCCGUCAAGUCGAUCAUCCUCAAGCCACUUCCCCAAGAGUUCUUGGACUACUUGGCCAGUGACAGCAUCAAGCUUGAAAACGAGGCUCAUGGGGUCGAAAACAACAGCGACAACGAGUACAGCGACUGGGAGGACGAUCUGGACGGCGAGGAUGACGGUGAGACCGCACCUACAGUGACUAUAGACCAGCUUCAAGCACUCCACGACCAGAUCAAAGCCGGUAUCGACAAGCUCGGAGGAGCAGUGACGCCCAAACUCAACUGGUCGGCUCCCAAGGACGCCAGGUGGAUCAUGGCAGGCAAUACCACGCGGUGCACCAGUCCAAACGACGUUUACUUGUUGCUCAAUGCGUCGGACCACGUCGUGGACGACUUGGACUACCCUUUCAGCAGCGUGGAAGAGGCGGGAAAGUCCUCACAAGGCGUGGAGGACGGGACUGACAAGGUGGAGUACGAGUUGGUGCUCCGCAAAUGGAUGGAUAUUAACCCUGCGCUCGAGUUUCGGGUGUUUGUCAAAGACAACCGGGUGCUCGGGAUCUCCCAGCGCGACUUGAACCACUACGUGUUUCUCGAGGCAUUGCAGGACGAGCUCAAGCAGGUGAUCGAGGACUUUAUCUACUCGCAGGUGGUGGGCCAACUUGGCCAGAGCCAGUACAUUGUGGACGUGUACGUGAGCCGUCCCUCCAACAAGGUGUACGUGGUGGACGUCAAUCCGUUCAGUCGGAAGUGCGACUCGCUUCUCUACACCUGGAACGAGCUCUUGGUGGGAGUAGCCCCCGAAUUAAGGCUAAUCACCGAAACUAACGUGGGCCGGUUUGCGCAAAAAGAGUACAGCGAAAGCCAGGUUCCAUUGGACGUGGUGGACGCAGCCGGCAAUAGCGAAGCCAUGGUGGAGUUGGCACGGGAGUGGGCCAAGCUCCAGGCGAAAUAG